GGCCGAUGACCGCGUGACCAGGGGCACUGCGCAGGCGUGAGGCCGGGGACAGUGAGCGUGCGCGAUGGCGGGCCGGGGCAAACUGAUCGCGGUGCUGGGGGACGAGGACACCUGCACCGGAUUCCUGCUCGGCGGCAUCGGCGAGCUCAACAAGAACCGCAGGCCCAACUUUCUGGUGGUGGAGAAAGAGACGAGCGUGGCGGAAAUCGAGGAGACUUUCAAAGGUUUCUUGAAUCGUGAUGACAUUGGGAUAAUUCUGAUCAAUCAAUACAUUGCGGAGAUGAUUCGUCACGUCAUUGAUGCACAUACGUUAUCGAUUCCUGCUGUGCUGGAGAUCCCAUCGAAGGAGCACCCAUACGAUGCUUCUAAAGACUCCAUCCUGCGGCGUGCUAAGGGAAUGUUCAGUGCUGAUGACUUCCGGUAGCUAGACUAUGCAGUGCCAGUCAUGCGUCGCCGCUGAGUUCUGUCAUUGUGUUGUUUUGUUGUACAGAGUGUUGAUUCCUCUGGUCCAAUGUGCAGAGUGCUGAUUCCUCUGCUGUCAAAUCCUAGCCAGACUUUGCAACAAGCAAUCCCCACUCCCACUAUGUAUACAUGAUCCCAACCCACCAUUUAGUGACCUUUUACUCUACAAAUUUGAGUAUGAUUUCAUUUCCAUUCAAUUCUGUACCUGCCUUGGGGGUAUUUGAUGGGAUUGUUUAAAGUGCGACUCUAGGCUGUAACUGGCACUGUGCCUGUCCUGGCAUAAAUCGAUCUUGUGCUAACUAUUGAUGUUUCAAAUUGCUCCGUGCUGUACCUAUCUGAGAGAGUGGGGAACAAGGUAGACAUUUUUAAACACUGGAAUUAAAGAUAAUAAUUAUUGUCUGCUGAGUUGUGAUUGUGCAGAAAGCACUGCUGCUCAGGCAGAUAGGAUGGGCACAAGCUCCAAGCUCUCAGUUGGGUUAGUAUUUUAUUGGAUGGCACUAAACAGGAUUGUUUGUGUUGAAAAUUCAAUGUUGCUCAGGUCCCAGUUUGUGCUAGUUUUAACAGAAACUGAAUGUGGUUCUGAUCUGGUCCUAGCUAGUCUUCACAUUGCAUAUUUAUGAUGUUGCUUGUCCCUGAUUAUUAUGUCAAUAAAUAAACUAACAUUAGAGGUU